AUCUUCGGAGCAUGACUCAGCUGAUGAGUGGCAUUAAGGCUGUAGCUAAUGCAUCUUUGACUGCAUGCUUGAAACGUAUGGGGGAGUAUCUCAGCGCGAUACUCUGGCAUACUUUUCAAGGAUGCAGCUGGGAGAUGAAUUACGGAGUGCGCUAAUGGCAGCAGAGGAGGAAUCGAGGCAUCGAUAAAAAGUUGAGUCUUCUCAGUAGUUCUACCCAGCGUAGUGAAGGUUCGCAGCGCCCGAGUGAACUCAUGAUAAUAGGCAAGGAGGACACGACCGGCGUAGACAUGACAGUAGACGCUCCACCUGCGGAAGCGGAAGGAAACCCUGACCCUAAGCUAGACCGGUCUGUCGAACCACUAUUGCUGGUCAACGGAGAUGGUUCUGUUGUACCACAAGAACUUGGUGAUGAGCUAGGG